AUGCUUGAUCCUAUUGAUACUAUCGACAUGAAAUCGUGUCGUAUAUGCUUGACAAACAAUAAACCAUUAUGUCCUCUAUUUCGAUAUAAGUUGUCGGGUAAUUAUGCUGAAAUGCUUACAGCGAUUGCCGAUGUUAAGGUAUCCUCUAAUGAUGGCUUGCCUGAAAAGAUUUGCCUCAAAUGCUGCACAACUUUGGAAAAGGCAUACUUACUUAAAACUGUGGCUGAAAGGUCAGAUAAGAAACUGAGGAAAAUAUUAGCAAGAGAAAAAGGAAAUGUACCUACUAAGAAAAUUGCAUUUGAUUCCUUUACGGAUAUUAAGAGUGAAAUAGGACCAUUAACUAUUAAGUCAGAACCCAAGUGGGAAAUGGAAAUUGAAGUACCAGAAAGCAGUAAGCCUAUCGAAACAAUGGAGGGAAAAGAUAUUGUUAUUGCUAAUACUGUUAUAAGGAAAGUUGAUCCAAAUGCAGAGGAUAUUAAAUUGGAUACCACUGAUGAUGUGCAACUAACUUGGACCUCAUCAGGCAACUCUAAUUAUUCUGCUAAAGGUGAUCCAGAUGCCGAAUAUUUAGAAGAUGAUUUUUUCCAAGAUGAUGACGAUGAUGAUUACGUUCCUCCUGUAGAGAAGCCCAAGAACAAAUUCAAGAAACCUAAAUUAUCAGAUAUCAAGGUGUUCAAAGGUAAAACUGUUGUCAGAAAAGUAAAAGUGCUGAAAAAAAUUAAGGAUGAUCCUGAAUAUGAUUCUGGUAGAUCGAGAGAUGAGAAUAAGUCACGAUCAACUACUAUUACUUGCUAUCCAAUUUUGAAGAAUGGUUCAAGAGGUUCCCCUAUCUUGUUGAAGAGACCCAAGGAUGCAACAAUUUUGAAGGUCCAUGCAGGGUAUAAAUCCAAGUCUCAGUCCACGUCAUCUGAGAGUGUGAAAGUAGUGCGCAGAGACAAACCUGUCAGAAUGGUACGGACUAGUGUGUCUAAGCAACGAGAGAAGCUUGUCUGUCCCGUGUGUGGUAUACUCACAUUCACAUUGGGCAACCAUAUGGCAACACAUCAGGAAAAGAAGAGGUAUACCUGUGCGCAAUGUCCAAGAUCAUUUGCACAGAAGAGUAAUUUACUAAUUCAUGCUAAACAACACACGGGAAUAAAAGACCAUAUUUGUGAAGUCUGUGGAGCUGGUUUUUACAGUCAGAAGUCACUGGUUAGGCAUAAUUUAAUUCACAAGGGAGAAAGACCAUUUUCCUGCAAUUUGUGCACGAAGAGGUUUAUUGCUAUGGCAGGUCUGCGCCGCCAUAUGGCGAUCCAUACUGGAGAAAAACGGUACAACUGUAACUACUGCAAUAAAAAAUUCACGCAAAGCCACCACCUCCAGAACCAUAUGAUUACCCACACUGGCGAAAGGCCCUAUACUUGCGAGGUUUGCAACGUGGCAUUCAGUUACAAAGUGAACUUGAAUAACCAUGUUUACAAAGUACAUGGGAUUAACUUGAAGUUUAAAUCUAUUCACACCGUGACUGAGGACAUACUUCGCCGAGAGAUGGGCAUGAUGAACGAGACGAGGGUAGCGAUAACACAUAUUUUGCCGCAAUUAGGAGAGGUCCCAACUCCAGCGGCCCAUGAAACUGUACUCUCGUUAACGUGA